ACAAUGUUAAAAUGUUAAUUUAAGAGUCAAAUAUUUUGAUUUAAAUUUAAUUGUUUAUAGAUUAUAAACACAAUAAAACCAUGAAUUUUUCAAAAGUGUUAAGAUAUAGCAUACAGUUAACCAGGCUACGUAAGAUCAAUAAUAUUCCAGUUGGUCGUCGAUUUUCUACGGAUUCUCAUCUCCUUCGACAAUAUUCAAGGAUAGCUGGAAUUACAGGGGCAGGAAUCUUAAGUUUUAUUGUAUAUGGAUUAACAUCAAACUUUAAAGCCUAUACAUACUCUAAGAAAAGGAGAGAAGACGAUGAAUAUCUAAGUGGUUUACACUUAACAUCACGUGAAAAACGUUUUAUUAAGUUCGCAUCAGUCGAAUAUCAUGGUCAACUUUAUAUGACUCCACAAGAUUUUUUAGAAUCAUUUGUCGACGAACAGCCUAGAGCUCGUCUUAAGAGACAUGUUAUGACGGAUAAAGAUUUGGAAGAAAUUCGAGACAAAGUACCCGGACUGAAAAAGGGUUCAUCGCAACUUUUUCGUUCACUUAGAGAUAAAGGAAUCAUAUCAUAUACUGAAUACUUAUUUUUACUGUCUGUGUUAACUAAACCCCAAAGUGGCUUUCGUAUAGCGUUUAAUAUGUUCGAUACUGAUGGUAACCAUAGAGUAGACAAAAAUGAAUUUCUGGUGAUAACACGGCUCCUUGCUGGAAAACCAGCUUUCAGAAUAGAUCUUAGUAAACAGGCUAAAGAAAUUUUAUCCCAAUUACCUACGAAACAAAUUGGGAUCGUUCAACAACUGCCAGAUGAAGAAUCAAGUAUCAUUAAACGCGCAGCUGAUGAUUUGAUGGAAAAAAUCUUCAGUCAGUCUUGGAAAGACAAGCAUGGCGUGGAAGAUAAUACGGUUGAUACCAAUAAAAUAGGCGCUGAAGAUUUCGUGGAUGACGCACAAGGUUUACAAAAAAAACAUUUGGUCGACACUACAUUGAUUGUUCAUUUUUUCGGGAAAAAAGGAGACAACGUAUUACUAUACGAAGACUUCAGAAAUUUUAUGGAAAAUCUACAGACGGAAGUACUUGAAAUGGAGUUUCAACAGUUUGCUAAAGGAGGAGAUACCAUAAGUGAAAUGGAUUUUGCCAAAAUAUUAUUAAGAUACACUCAUUUGGAUACAAAUUUGUGCGACACAUAUCUUGAUCGAUUAUUGGAAAGAAUCAAAAUGGACAAAGGCAUACCACCAGGCAUAUCAUUUGAUGAAUUUAAAGUGUUUUGUCAAUUUCUAAAUAAUUUAGAAGACUUUACUAUUGCUAUGCGAAUGUAUACACUUGCAGAUCAUCCAAUAUCAAAAGAUGAAUUUCAUAGAGCUGUCAAAAUAUGUACUGGAACAAGUUUAAGCAAGCAUUUAGUACAAACAGUUUUUGCCAUAUUUGAUGAAGAUGGUGAUGGUCAAUUGAGCUAUAGAGAGUUUAUUGCCAUUAUGAAGGACAGACUAAAUAGGGGGUUUAAAUCUUACACAAAAAAUGAAGGAUGGGAUGCAUUCAAAAUCUGUUUGAAACAUGAAAUCAAAACUCCUAAUUAAUAAGCCCCUAUACAUUUGCAUUAAAUAUUUUUAUUACAUUUUUAUUUCUUUUUAAAUGAAUUAAGUAACUUGUUUGUUUUU